AUGGCGGAACUGCUCGCCCUGCUUAGAGGACCAAACCGUGCAUCCUCGAGCUCCAUGCCUCCACCGGGACAAGGGCCAACAGUCGACCCGACUCCUUGGGUUCCACCGACUCAAGCCCCGGAGAACAUGGAUGUGCCCGCGCCACCAACACUGCAUACGUCCAUGGCUCACCCUUUCACCAGCCCAUAUCCGCCACCACCGACCCCCACGGCCGUCCCUCUUCCACCGGCGACAGUCCUGUCCUCGGAGCAGGCCCUGUCCGCACCUCCUCCUAUCUCUAUACCGGUCCCAGCCGCAGCCUAUACAGCGCCUCCACCGAUGGUCUUCCCGGCAUCAAGUGCACCUGCUCUGACUCACCCUCAAGCUGCGGAACUUCCUCCGUACCCGUCUCUACAACCCCAUGUCAGCCUCUCUUACCAGGCACCGCCCCCUAUAAACACCACCUUCCUCGAACCAGGCACGUCGACUCGUGCGGCCUAG